UCAUACAAUACUUAUCAUCUCGCACGACUCUGAAACUUUUAGUAUACGUUGUUUUCAAAGGAUACAUAAUAAUUGCAUAUGUGACUAUGGAAUGGUCAUUUGUCUUUAUCCUUUAAGCCUCUCUUGCUCAACUUUCUUCAAUUAUUAUUAUCACAACGUGUGUCUAUUCUCUGCAUCCCAUGGUUUCAAGAAACGGUGCUGUUAUCGUCAUCAUGGGUGUCAGUGGUGCCGGAAAAACCACAAUUGGUCAAAAGCUGGAAAAAGAGAUUAACUAUAAGUAUCUUGAUGCUGAUGAUUUUCAUUCUCAAUCAAACAAAGAAAAAAUGAGUAUGGGAAUCCCACUUACAGAUGAAGACAGGAAGCCAUGGCUUGAAUCACUCAGAGAUGUCAUUGAAGAAUACUUGAUUAACAAAAAGGGUUUGGUUCUCGGUUGCUCUGCUUUGAAGAAACAGUAUAGAGAAAUACUUAGAUCAGGUGAUCCUGAUUAUAAAUCGGAGGGUUAUACAAGUGCGGUUAACUUCGUUUUAUUGGAUGUUCCUGCGGAAGUGCUGAUUGCUAGAGUGAAUAAGAGGGCUGCAGAAGGAAAACAUUAUAUGCCUGCGUCUCUUCUGCAAUCCCAGUUAGAUUUGCUGAAGAUUGAUGAGUCUGAGGGGAUCCUUAGAGUUGAUGCUACUUUAAGUCCUGAAUCCAUUGUUGACACCAUUAAAGAAAUGCACCCUUUUCAGAGCUGGUUUCAAUCAUGAUUAUGCUGAAUCUCAAUACAAAUUCUUGUAGAUUUAUUUUUUUACUCAAUUCUUGUGGAUUCUUUAACUUCACAAUUACAUAGAAUCACAGAGUAUUGUAACUAACUCUAUUUAUUUGUAUUGGUUAUUGAUGUUACAAA